AUGGGUAGCGGCGGCUGGCUGGUGACGAACUUCUAUCCGACGCGGGACCCGCGGUGGUCCCACCUGCACGGCGGGUUGGACUCGGAUCGCAGCUUGUGGAUGCUGGGGUUGCCGACGAGGCGGGAUAUCGGGGACUGGAUGGAGGUCAUUGAGCAGUCUCGGGACGGAGCCGGCGCAACCUGUCUCACGCUCCAGGGGUACCAGGAGCGAGCAGGGCAGGGCAGGGCCAUCGCGGACGAUGCGCUGUACCUGCUCGAAGAACUCACCAGCGAGAAGGUCCCGCCUGUGGCAUGGCCAGCGGUGGAGACCGAGACAUUCCGACCGCUGGAGGGCAUCAAUGUCGUCGACCUCACAAGGGCGAUCGCGGGGCUUUGCGCGACUGUAGUCCGUGUGUCCAAUGUGGAGUUCCCUGACCUCGGUAUCGUUCUCUUCGAGAGCAAUCCCGGGAAACGGGACGCGCACCUAGAACUGAAGACCGAACGGGAUUGGACAGCGCUGUUGCGGCUGAUCGGGGAAGCAGAUGUCGUGCUCGACGGCUAA